AUGGAUGCAUCUUUGAACUCUUCAAAAAACAAUGGAUUGUCUCUAGCUGAACUUGUUGAUAUUUUGGAAGAAGAAGAUAAUGUUCCCCAAUCUAAUAUAUACAUAUUACCACCUGAAGACGAAUAUGAGACCGGAGUUGACACUGAUGAAUCAGACGAUGAGCAUAUUGGUGAUAUCAACCAUCUUCCACGAGGAAUUCUGAGUCAGCCAUGUCAAAUGACAGCGUUGUUUCCAGAAAGUGAAGAAUAUUCCGAUUCCGAAGACUCAUUGCCCUUGUCCCAAUUACAAAAGCGACUCAAACUAAACCAAGGAAACGCGAAUAUCGGAAAAGAAGAAUCAUAUACAAAAUCGAAAAGGUUUGCAGAUCCAGCAGAUUUACCUAACAAUAAUAUAAGCACAUUUUGUAAUCCAAAAGAGGUAUCGCCAGAUGCAAAGCAAGCGUUAACACAUACAGAUUUUUUUCGCUUAUUUUUCGGAAAAAAACUACUGGAAAUGAUAAUAGAGGAAAAUAACAGAUACGCUUUGCAGAAAAAUACAGAACUCAACCUGACAAUGGACGAACUAUAUGUUUUUUUGGGAAUUCUAUUACUAUCAGAAUACGGUAAAUACCCUAAUAAGAGACUGUAUUGGUCGAGUGAGGAUGACGUUCCCAAAAUGGUGCAAAAUAGUAUGAGGUUGAAGAGAUUCGAUAAAAUCCUAAGAUUCAUACAUUUCAAUGAUAAUAGUAAGAUUAUAAAAGAUGAUCGUCUGUACAAACUCCGACCGCUCAUCGACCAACUGAACGACAAGUACAAGAAGCUUUGGUGCUUUGGACGAAAACCUCUCAGUUGA